ACAGAUUUUCCUGCCAAACCAAAUUAAACUAGCUAAAUUCACAUGCCAUUCUAAAAGGAUAAAAAAAAAAAAGAAGUUCCAGAGAAGCUAAGUUCAAUACAUCAUCACAGAAGAACAGGAUCACAGAAAAUAUCAAGUCAAAGUCAAGGUCAAGGUCAAACUAGUCACAACUCAAGCAUGAGGAGCCUAAGAAAAGUCCCUGCAACAGAUUCAUCCUGCAAAACCCCUAACAAUCUCAUCUGAUCCCUCUCCUAACUUCCACCAGCAAGACAAUGCUGACCAAAACCACCAGAUUCCCUCCUAAACGAGCUUCAAAUUCCCUACUUAAACCCCUCUGAAAUGCCACCAAAAUCAUCCCCUGAUCGAAAACCCACAACACAAAGGAAACCACCAUCACCUGCAGCUCUGAAGAAACUCACCACCGCCAUGGACAUUAAGAAGAGAUCAUCGUCAUCAUCACCAUUGCCUUCUCUCAAUGCACGGUCCGCGGCCUUCCUGCUGCUGCUCGUCUUCAUGGCGGCGGACAGCAUAGGCCGCCACCGCGCCACGGCGCAGGUGUUCUGCCGCUCGCAGUUCAACCUAGCCAACGAGGCGUGCAGCCUGCGCACCUUCUCCGGCCCGAACCCGGCGCAGCCGCUGCAGCUGCACAGCAACGGCUCGUCGGCCUCGUACGAUCUGCAGGCGGACCACCACGACCACGACCACGGCCGCGAGCGCGAGCGGGAGCACACCCAUAGCCGGCGGCACGGCCUCGGGCACGGCGGCCACGACCCCUACGAUACGGCGUGCUGCCGCCGCCUCAUGGGCAUCGACAACGCCUGCAUCUGCCAGGCCAUGUCCUUCCUCCCCGUCUUCAUGAGCAGGGUCAAGCACGCCAUCAAGCUCACCCCGGUCCCCGGCUGCGACGUCUCCUUCGAGUGCGCCGCCGUCUACUGAACCGACGCACGCUGGCGACGGCGGGAGCUUCGUUGGAAGGAGCCAUUUUUCGGUUCUUGGUGUCUGACUGAAAGAAAAUCACUUCUGGGGAAAAAAGUUUGGUCAUAUGCUUCAUCAGCAUUUUGCAUUAGAGUGUUAGCAUUAGACAUAUGUAAUUCCUGCACUAUAUAUAUUGCAUUGAGAACAGAUUACGCAUAGUGUUUUUCUCGGGACUUCACUAAGUCUUUUGGAGCUUACAGUAUGUUCUA